AUGGUGAGAAUUGAAGAGUUUCGCAAUUUUUCGACAAUUUUCCGUCGUUUUUCAGUUGAAUCCCGAUCAAUUGUUUAUUGGAAAUUACAAUGCGAAGAUUUCGCCGAGCCGGCCUCUUAUUUUCGAGCAGAGCGCUCAGGUUUCGCAGCGAUUUUCCCGGAAUUCGCCUGAAAUUCUAAUUUUUCAGCACAAGACUAGCAUUCGUUUCUAUCUCGAAGGGAAUAUGCUCGUCGGUUAUCAAAGUUGUGAUUUCGGAGUGGCGUUGACACAAAUCGAACAUAUCUCUGUACGUUUUAGCUGAAUUUACUCAAAAAUUCUCCAAGCUUCAGCUGAAAGACGAAGAGCAGGAGAAUCCGGCGGCGCUGACGUUUGCUUUCAAGUCGACGUGCAUGGAGAAAGUGUGGAGAUCGCUGACGGGUUUGAAGCCGAUCGCGGAGAAGCCGUACCGGGAGAACAAGGCGCUCGCCAGGAACAUGACGUUCAUUCUGAAGACGUUCGAGAACGAGCCCGACAAAUACUUGAAAGUCACGUACGGCUCACUCGAAGAAGGUUUCUCCGAGCAUUAUUUCGAUUUCGAAGUCGCAAAAUCGCUUAUGCUCAAUGAUGUGAGAGAGUAUCUGCUAUUUCUCAAUCAAUUUUACCUCGCAGAUUCACGCAGUCUGGCGCCAGAUGAUUUCCGAGCAGUGGCGACGUCGUCCGAGUAUUUCGAAGGGACACACUCACCAUCUCGUCUCUCAAAUGGACAAUUGCGCGUGGGUCCAAUGGCUGGCCGAUCAGAAGCUGAUGAAGAGCACGUGUGCGCGAGGAACAGUUCAGUACAUCAAAGUGGACGACAAUCCGUUGGGAAGACGUGCACUAAAAGCCAAUAAAUCGGGUGAGAAUUUGAGAUUUUCGAAAUCCGGAGGCUAAAGUGACUUUUUGUUUUCUAGAACAUACGGCAGCGAAGAAGACGUCGUUUGUGAAGAGCCAGAAGAAGUAUGAAGAGAAUGGUCAUAGGAAAAUGUAAGCUUUUCGAGUUAACCUUAUUGAAAUUAUCGAUUUUAUUUGCAGAAGAACCGCGACACGAGUCUAUGGAAAAGUAAGAAAACUACAAGAAACUUUGAAAAUUCUCUUUAGGCCGGGCACAGUGUUCUUCCGUUUUUGCUUCCCCCUUCCCCUUAACCACAUGUUCAUUCACCUCCCAUCUGUUUUUCUUGCUAAUAUUUUUGGUUUGGUUUGACCGGAACGUUAAUCUCGAUUCUAGCUUGUUCGAAACGAUCGAGAAGUGUACGCGAUGGUCGUUGGGCCGAGGGCUCCGAGGGAGGAUUUCUUCGAGUUCGAGCCCACGUUCACCGCUGAAAUUAGAGCCAUGGGAUUCCUGCCGAAGACGAAGAAGAAGCGACCGAACGGGGAGAAAAUGGUGAGAACAACGAGAACUUACUAAAAAAAAUGGGUUGAUUUUUCAGAGCACGGAAGACAACGAUCGACCGUCCCUCCUGGCGACGCCUUCCUCGAACGGGAGCUCCAACUACGUCUACGAAGCGUAUCGAAACUCUGUCGAUUUCGGGCAACCGGAGAAACAGAAUUUGGGGCACGGAGACCAUCGAUAUGUAGAUUAUCGGAAUCAUUACCAGCAGAACGGUUAUGCGAAUGGUAAUAAGGCUGCUAGGUGUUCUUCCGAAGUAAACUAUGCCUUUUCAGGGUACGGCUACCCCUGGACGCCGUCGGUUUCGCGCCAAAUAGAUAUGACGUCUUCGGGCGCCGCCACCUAUUUCCUGCGGCAACAGGUUUCUUCCCAUUUCUCUCUUUUCCUCUGUGUUUCCUCUAACUUAUUCAAUUGUCCUAUGUGCCUGACAUCAAGAACACUGUGCUCCGAGUCCGUCAUCUCUGAGGAUUCGCAUCGGAUCAAGAAAGCCAUUGAGUCAUUUUGCACGUUUUCAGGGCGAUUAUGCGCCGUCGCAGCACAUCCAGGGACCAGGACAGAAGAUACAGUACGUCUCAGCGGUAGGCGUCUUUCUUUCGACUAACUAUUCUCAUCCAAUUCAUAACUUCUAGAAGUCACCGGCCACCCCAGAGGCCGUGCCGCCCGUCGAAGAACGCCUCACCGCCGAAUCGCAACUUUUCUCGUUCCCGCCUAAAGAUCUCGCGAUUCCGGGAAUCGAUCCGGUCGUCGGUGAGUAAAAGCUAGGCGCCGUUCAAGCAAAGAACAAUCGAUUUUCAGUGCUGAUGAAGGACGUGCGAACUCUGGACAGAAAAGAGUUUGUGAACGACAACAUGAUCAGCUUCAUGCUCAACUACAUCGCCGUCUACAUGAUCGACAAGGACCUGUUCGACACGAUCCACCUGUGCAAUACGUUCUUCUACGUGAACCUGACACGCACGCUGCCGCCGCUCUGCUUCUCGCUGCGCAAGCCGAUCGCUUCGGUCCACGAGCAGAAGCUCGUCGAGAACUGCAUCCGCGUGCUGCGAUGGACGAAGAAGUUCGACGUGUUCGCGAAGGACUACAUUGUGAUUCCGAUCAACGAGGACUUCCACUGGCUGCUCGUCACCGUCUUCAACCCGUCGGGAGCCAUUGUGGACCUGGAGAACCAGCAAGAGUCCCGCGCCGCGCCGAAGUGCUACAUUGCGUUCUUCGAUCCGUUGAGCGGGCUGGAUCCGGUGAAAAGGAAUCACAUGUGCCAUUGCAUCAAGAUAUAUCUGCAAGAGUUGUAUGAGAACACGAAAACCGAGGGGAAGCGGUUCUGCAACGGGCGCGCGACGACGUUCGACCCGGACCGCGUUGUUAUUAUGCGACCGAAGAACCUGCCGAUCCAGGACAACUUCUUCGACUGCGGACUCUACGCGCUACAUUUUAUUGAGGGACUAUUCUGCUAUCUCAAAAAGCCCGUCACUGUCAAAGUGAGUGAUUUCUUUUGAUUUCCUAAAUAGAAGCCUACUCUUUCUUCAGGAUUUCCCCGACUUUGACUGGUCCACGCGCUACCCGUCGGCGAACGGAAUGGCCGAACUGAUGCGCGACAAGAUCUACAAUCUGGUGCUCCACGAGGCCGGAAAGAAGGGACGCGAACGGCUCUCGCGCUUCGAACGAUCGAUGCGCUGCGGGCUCGGACAGGAGGGAGAACUGCGCAGAUCGCGUCGGCACAGCGCGGCGGACCUCCGUCGGCUGCCACGUCAUCGCGAGUUCCGAGCCCGCCACUACUCGGUGAACCCGACGUCGCACGCGGUGAUGGACGAUCCGAUGUUCAACAAUCCGAGGGAGAUGGCCGAGAUGCCGAUCACGAGCAAAGUGCGCGCGAUGAAAUGGCCCGAGGAGAACUUUCCAGUCAUCUACUGA